AUUCAGGUUCUACUGGCUUGGAAUGUUAGAGCUUUUAUUGUGAAGCCCUGACAUUCAGCUUCCGGCAUGGUGUGUAUUUGUGGAGCCGAGAAGCUUUAAACGACCGAGCUGCUGUUUCCAGCCAUUAAUGAGGAUCAUCGGAACAUGAAGUGGGUCUGGGCCUGAACAUGGCCCACAACAGAAGCUUCUUCCUCCAAGCCCUGAAUAGAUCCGAGAGCAGGAGAGAUGGAGGCUUCAAGCACAGCUGGAGCUUCUCGCUUCCUGGUGACGCCGAGGCGGAAACCCGACACCAGGCGAGCGUGGUGAGCAAGGAGGAGAUGGAGCGGCAGCAGCUGACCCCCCCGGAGGAGAAGAAGUCUCCUUCGUUAAAGCACUACAGUUCCCCCGACCCGCUGAGGACGUAUGGAAACCGAGCCAGCAGCCACAUGCGGUCCCUGACCCGGCUGACCCCCCGGAGGUUCAGUGACGUGGCGCUGCCGGUACCGACGCCGUCCUCCACCAGAACCGACCUGAACCUGAUCUUCACCUCGGCGCUUCCUCCAGGGAUCGUCCUGCAGGGCCGCCACUUCCAGCACGCCCAGGUGCCGUCGGCCGCCAGGAAGCCGGGUCAAAGAAACAACUUCUCGUCCACACAGCCGGCCGUGGAAGUGGACAGCAUCGUCCUCACCUGUCCGGAGUCUCCAGCAGGUGUUUCCGUAACGACCGGAGCUGCUGCCAGAAUGAGUCCUGGUCGUCAUGGCGACGGGUCAGCUGACCUGCCUGCUCUAACUGUUGCAGAAGAAGAAACGCUGAGCAUCAAGCGGCGCGUCCAGCAGAGGAGGAAACCGCUGGAGGACGUCGGCUUCUCUCCGCAGCUCCAGGCCCCCGAGCCGGGUCGGCCCGUCUGCCACUCCGUGUGUCUGAAGUGUCGCCAGCCCAGUGAGCUCGGCAGCAGCUGCUUGACCUGCGGCAGCAGUGAGUCUCUGGCGCCCCCCCCAGGCGCCCCGACCCAGCCCGCCUCGUCCUCCCCCACCCCGCGCCCCGCCAUCCGGUCCCAGAACCCCGCCGGACACGUCGGGAUCCAGCAGAACUUCUACAAACCCGGCGCCGCCAUGCCGGUGCGCGUCUCGGCCAGCAGGGCGGCGCCGCUGAGCAACGGCAGGAUCCCGCUGCUAGCUGGGACGUUGGGCUGCUGCAGAGCCAAAGGGAAGCAAGCGGCGGCGGCGGCGGGGCAGCAGCCCGACCUCAACGACCCCAUCGUCCUGUCCAGCGACGAGGAGGAGGCGGAGACGGGCAGCACUGGAAGCGUGAACCGAUUGGACAACGUCUCGCCCCGACCCGCUGACUCCGCCCACUCCUCUCCGGCGCCCUCUGAAGGCCGAGUGGAGGCGGCGGUGAAGAGCGCCGCCGAGCAGGAGGAGCUGAACGGCGACUUCUUCGAGGACGUCAACACGAAGAUCACGAUCCCGCGCCGAGCCCGCAUGAAGGACCAGUUUGGAAAUCAGCCUCCAGCCGAGUCGCUGACGCCGAAGAGGAAGAAGCCCAAAAUGGCGCUCACCAAGUGCGACAGCAUCAUCCUGGAGUGCCGCAGCGUUCGGAUCGGCAGCCUGAGGCGGAUGGUGACGAAGCCCGUCAUCGUGAGUCCGAACCGUUCCCAGUCCCCUCGGGUUAAUCUCAGGUUUCCUGCCGUCCCUCCAGGUGCGGAGCCCGGCUCUGUGGAAGAGGUUUACCUGAAGACGUCGGAGCUGAUCAGCUGCGAGUGGUGCAGCGUCCGGAAGCUUCCCGUUCUGUUUUUCCAGACGACGGCGGAUGAAUGUGUGCGCCUGCGCUCGAAGCUCAACAUGUCGCAGGAGCAGGGGGGCCUGUGGUACGACUGCACCGCAGAGCACGUGGAUGAGAAGUACAUCGUGCUGAUCUUCGAGAACGGCCUGGUGAUGAAGGAGCAGAUGAUCCUGGAGGACAUCCUGACCGUCAUCGGCCGCAACAACAGACUCAGCAGCUUCCCCACCAAGCUGACCUUCGACGAGGCCAACAUCCGCCUGGUCAACUACAACAAGGCGUCCAGCCAGAAGGUCGACAAGGUGAAGCUGGAGCAGCAGCCCCCCAAAGCGCCCCCUGCUGGCGGGAUGUCGACUCGCGCGCGGAUGUCGACGCGCCAGCAGAGCGGCGCGUUCUUCGACGAAGACGAGGAAAUGACGGACCUGCAGCCGACCUUCUCUGGGCCGGUCAUGAAGCUGAUGGUGUACCCCCCGCCUCCAGCCAAAGGCGGGAUCUCCGUCACCAACGAAGACCUGCACUGCCUUAACGACGGGGAGUUCCUGAACGACGUCAUCAUCGACUUUUAUUUAAAAUAUUUAGUUUUGGAAAAAUUAAAAAAAGACGCCCAAAGGAUCCACGUGUUCAGCUCGUUCUUCUACAAGCGGCUGAAUCAGCGAGAGCGGCGGAGCGGCCCGGACACCGUCAGCCUGCCGAUCCAGAAGAGGAAGCACAACAGGGUGAAGACGUGGACGCGGCGCGUGGAUCUGUUCCAGAAGGACUUCAUCUUUGUUCCCAUCAACGAGUCGGCCCACUGGUACCUGGCGGUCAUAUGCUUCCCGGGCCUGCACGGUCCGGUCCUGGAGAAGAACCCCAUGUACCUGGACCCGCCCGCGGCCUCCGGGUCGCCCGGCGAGCCGCAGGCGGAGGAGAGCAUCCCGGACCACUGCCGGCCGCUGUCCCCGGACGGCCUGGACUGCUCGUCCGAGGAGCCGUCCCCCGCCGUACCGGAGGAGGCCGACUGCGACCCGAACGAGGCGGGCCAGAACCCGCUGGGACCGGGCCGGGCCGACGCCGAGCUGCGGUUCAGCAGCGAGCUGCACCGGAUCAGCGUCUGCUACGGCUCCGGAGACGACGCCUACGCCUUCUCUGACGACCAGAGCUCCUGCCAGGACGAGUGCAGCGACGACGGGAACAUGGCCGACGACACCGGCGCCUCCGAGACCAGCUUGGCCUCCAAACCCGUCAUCUGCAAACAGCCGUGUAUCCUCAUCAUGGACUCCCUGCGCGGCCCGGCCCGGUCCAACGUGGUCAAGACUCUCAGAGAGUACCUGGAGGUGGAGUGGGAGGUCCGGCACGCGUCGCAGCGGGGUUUUGGGAAGGAGGUGAUGAAGGGCUCCAGCCCCCGCGUGCCGCAGCAGGAUAACUUCAGCGACUGCGGCGUUUACGUCCUGCAGUACGUGGAGAGCUUCUUCGAGAACCCCAUCCCCAGCUUCCACCUGCCCAUGAACCUGUCUGACUGGUUCCCCCAGCAGCGGAUGAAGACAAAGCGCGAGGAGAUCAAGGAGCUCAUCCUGAAGAUCCAAGGUCAACAGGAAGUGGACAGGAAGGAGUCGGGCCGGGCCGAGGAGCCGCCCGGUUCCCCUGAGGAGGUCGAGGAGACGCCGGGAUCCGACCCCUGAUAGCCCCGUCUCCUUGGAGACGGUCCUGGAUCUCCUGCCUACGUUAAAAACACAUCAGACUUGAAAUUUGUACCGAGUGAGACAUCACAUGUAAAUACGCUGCCUUUGUAACUUCCUGUUUAGGACUCAUCCGUGGAGCGUUAAGUUAUGGAUACAUACGCGUCUCGUCCUGCGGGAGGCGCUGUUCUGCUCUUGCAUCGUCAUUUUUUAAUCUCGCCUUGUUUAGAGGAGCCGAAGAAAAUAAACGGAAGCCUGUGAGUUCAGAGCGCGCCCCCUGGUGGACAGGAGGCGCAGUAGUUAGGAGAUUCUUCUGUCUGGAUGAAUCAACAUUAAAAACAAACUGAUGCAAGAGCAAAUGCGA